UGUCAAUUUUUCUGUGAAGGGGAAUAGAUUCCUAAUUCCCUUGUGGCCCCAGUAUCCAAACAGUUGACCAUUCAAACACAUUCUUGGAAACUGCACUUUUCCACUGGUGAAGUCCAAGUUGAAAAAACGGCUAUGGAGAUGAAUAUGAAGAUGAAGGAAGCUUUGCCAUAUAUAGGAAUGGCUUCAACUCAAUUUGCACAAGUUGGUCUAAUGAUAGUUGGCAAAAAAGCCAUGUCCACUGGAAUGACCAACUUCACUUUUGUCUUCUAUUCCAAUGCACUUGCUUCCCUUAUUCUCCUCCCUUCUUUCUUCUUCUACAGGUCAACUCGUCCUCCACUUAAUUUCUCACUCAUAUCUGGAUUUUUCUUGCUUGGAGUUCUUGGUUGUUCAGCGCAGCUAACAGGGUAUACUGGGAUUAAUUAUACUUCUGCUUCAUUUGCCUCAGCAAUGCUCAACCUCAUCCCAGGCUUUACUUUCAUACUUGCCGUCAUUUUCAGGAUGGAGAAAUUAGAUUGUCGAAGUACAAGUACCCUGAUUAAAUCUGUUGGAACAAUCGUCUCAAUUGCCGGAGCAUUCACCGCCACUCUUUACAAGGGACCACAAAUUUUGUUGACUUCCUCAUCUUUGAAGCCUCGAAAUUAUCUUCAUUUCCAGGAAACUGACUGGGUGAUUGGAGGACUAUAUCUUGUAGUGGAUUGUGUAGCGGCUUCAUUAUACUUAAUUGUACAGGCUUCCAUCCUUAAGAAAUAUCCAGUCGAGCUGAUUGUGGUCUUCUUUUACUGCUUCUUUUCAUCCAUUCUAUCAGCAAUUGUCUCUCUGUUUAUGGACAGGAACUUAAAUGCCUGGAUGCUACAACCUGGUACGAGAUUGUUAGCUGUCCUAUACUCAGGAAUUUUUGGCUCAGCAUUUCAAGUCAGUGUGAUGUUUUGGUGCAUUCGUAGAAAGGGACCUCUCUUUGUUGCGAUGUUUCAUCCUCUGGGAAUUGUAAUCGCUGUGGCAUUGGGUAUCAUCUUCUUAGGAGAUAUUUUCUACCUUGGAAGCUUGGUAGGGUCAAUUAUAAUCGUUGUUGGCUUUUACGCUGUGAUGUGGGGAAAAACAAAAGAAGAAAAGGUGGAUGAAGACAAGCUCGCAAGAAAUAUCAGUUCAAAGGCCCCGCUCUUGCAAGUAAAGGAUGGUGAGACAAAAAUUUAAGCAUAAAUUAUAGAAAGGAAGAAGUCAAAGCAAGUUGACAGGGCAUGUUGUGGAAGUUGCAGACAUGGAAGCCACUACCAAUUACUGAAAUUUGCAUAUAAUUGUUGAAACAUUCAUACAAAUGCUCCCACCAUUUCUGUAAAUGCAGAGCAGAUAAACCUAUGAAAUGUAAAAUAAGUCCCUGUAUGACUUGGUUUGUCACUCUUUUAAUCAGUGAAUAUGAUUUUAUUA